ACUCCGACUCCUCUGAGUUUAUCACUCUUGCUUAAAUUUCUCUAUUUUUUUAAACCUUUUGUUAAGUGAAUGGCGGUGUGUUAAGACAUUCGUAUUAAAUGAAUCGGAUUGUUAAAAGUGCACUGUGCAGUCGACCAGAAGAGCCGAUCCUAAUGAACUGAAGACUAUCUUCUUGAAGUAUGCCAGCGUGACGGAUAAGGAUGGAGAGCAGUACAUGACUCCCGGUGACUUCGUGCAGAACUUCCUGGGGCUGCAUACACAGGUCCAUCACAACCCCAAGACUGUGCAACUCAUCGCUGCUGUGGCCGACACCACAAAGGACGGAUUGAUCUCUUUUCAGGAGUUCCUGGCCUUUGAGUCUGUCCUCUGUGUCUCCGAUGCCCUGUUCAUUGUAGCCUUCCAGUUGUUCGACAAGACCGGCACAGGCAACGUCUCAUUCGAGAAUGUCCGAGACAUUUUCAGCCAGACCACGGUCCACCAGCACAUCCCGUUCAACUGGGACGGCGAGUUCAUCAGGCUGCACUUCGGCCAUGACAGGAAGAAACAUCUCAGCUACCUGGAGUUCACGCAGUUCCUGCAGGAGCUGCAGCUGGAACACGCCCGACAGGCCUUCGCGCAGAAGGACAAAAGCAAGAGCGGCACCAUCUCCGCCUUGGACUUCAGUGACAUUAUGGUCACCAUCCGCCACCACAUGCUUACGCCCUUCGUCGAGGAGAACCUGGUCUCGGCUGUAGGGGGCGGUACAUCCCAUGUGGUGAGCUUCUCCUACUUCAAUGCCUUUAACUCGCUGCUCAACAACAUGGAGCUAAUCCGCAAGAUCUACAGCACGCUGGCGGGCUCUCGGAAGGACACGCUCCUCACCAAAGAGGAGUUCAUCCACGCCGCCAACAAGUUUGGUCAGAUCACCCCGAUGGAGGUGGACAUCCUUUACCAGCUAUCCAGCCUGCACUCACACUCUGGGCGGCUGAACCUAGCGGACAUCGAGAGGAUAGCGCCUUUGGAGGAGGGAGCCCUGCCACACCACCUGGCCCAGAUCCAGAGACAGCAGGCCUAUGGAGAUAUCUCCCGGCCAGUCUGGCUCCAGGCAGCCGAGUCUGCCUACAGGUUCACCCUGGGCUCCAUCGCCGGAGCCACUGGGGCCACGGCAGUCUACCCCAUCGACCUGGUGAAGACCCGCAUGCAGAACCAGCGCUCCACAGGCUCCUUUGUGGGAGAGCUGAUGUACAAGAACAGCUUCGACUGCGCCAAGAAGGUGCUGAGAUAUGAGGGCGUCUUUGGCUUCUACAGAGGUCUCCUGCCUCAGCUUAUUGGUGUCGCUCCGGAGAAAGCUAUCAAACUCACGGUUAACGACUUCGUCAGGGAUAAAUUCACCGAAAAAGAUAACACCAUCCCACUGUUUGCGGAGAUUCUGGCCGGCGGAUGUGCAGGAGGAUCCCAAGUCAUCUUCACCAACCCGCUGGAGAUUGUGAAGAUCCGGCUGCAGGUGGCGGGUGAGAUCACCACAGGGCCCCGUGUCAGUGCCCUCAACGUGGUGCGCGACCUGGGCUUCUUUGGACUCUAUAAGGGAGCGAAGGCCUGCUUCCUGCGAGACAUCCCCUUCUCGGCCAUCUACUUCCCUGUCUACGCCCACACCAAGGCGGAGCUGGCGGACGAGCAGGGCAGGAUAGGGCCACUGCAGCUGCUGACCGCCGGCGCCAUCGCAGGCGUCCCCGCCGCCUCCCUGGUGACCCCCGCUGAUGUCAUCAAGACGAGACUGCAGGUGGCGGCCCGCGCGGGACAGACGACCUACAGCGGCGUCAUCGACUGCUUCCGGAAGAUCCUGCGUGAGGAGGGUUUCCGUGCGCUCUGGAAGGGAGCGGGAGCCCGCGUCUUUAGGUCCUCACCUCAAUUCGGCGUCACGCUGGUGACCUACGAACUCUUGCAGAGAUGGUUCUACGUCGAUUUUGGCGGACACCGUCCUGCAGGAGCGGAGCCCACCCCCCAGUCGCGAAUCUCCGAUCUCCCACCUGCUAACCCAGACCACCUCGGGGGGUACAGCCUGGCGGCCGCCACCUUCGCUGGUGUGGAGAACAAAUUUGGCUUGCACCUGCCCAAGUUCAAGUCCUCCGGCGUGCUGACGAUUCAGCCUCCGCCCACCAGGGAGGCUCACGGCUCUUAGUGGCACCAUGCAAUUAGCCGAAUUCUCCCUUGGUCCUUCUGCCAUUUUCAAAUAUAUAUUUUUUUUAUUUUUCCUCCCCUCAGUCUGUACAUUUUAAAUGAAUUGCCUCAAUUUCAAUAUGCGUGAUCAGUGCUGUUUAUAACCUGCUUCGUGUGGAUGGCACACAUUACUGUACAUAUUGUACAUCUCUGUACAGAGACACUGUGACACCAAAACAGACCCAAAUCACUCCAGCCUCACUCCAGCUGUCACGCGGCGCCCUCUGCAGUCACACACUAGCGGUUUUUAUGGUGUACAGAGGUUUUAUUAGCAAAUUGUAACCAAGAGUGAAUAUUAGUAAUUUAAUGCAAUUCAUAAUAUUUUGUUGAAAUAAAUCGUUAACAUCGUUCAA